AUGACGCAAACACGUUCACAGAAGGAUUUGGAAGAACAAAGGCGUUCUGGUGAGAUGUCAGUGGGACGAUUGGACGUAGAGUCAAGAAUCUCCGACAUGGAAUCGAAGUUCUCCGAUCGUAGUCAACAGAUAAACGAAAUGCAGUGCUCAAUUGCAGCGAUUCAAGGUUCCAUGCUUCAAAUGAAUGCUCAAUUCAAGGAGUUUAUGGUUUCAUUUAACGGCAAGGAAGGGAUUAUGGGGAUUUCAGCGACUGACAAAUCUAAAGCUCCGAUGACAACUCCGGUAGUGGAAACACUGGUCGAUUCUCCGGCGACAGUUCACACUGAGGAUGAUGAUGUUUUGGAAAAAGGAACUGAAUCAUUGAAUGUGCCAGAGUUUACAGUUGAUGAAGGGAUUGAUUUGAAUGAUUUAACUAUAGAAGAAGGUUCUCUACAUGUUCAGUCGGGUGACAAUGUUAAACAGACCAUUGUCAUUUUGGGAAAGAUUGAUAGGAGGGUGAUCAAAAUCUUGAUUGAUUCUGGAAGCACAUAUAGCUUUGUAGAUGUAGCUUUGGUUCAUGAAUAG